AUGACAACUGUGAGGUGUUUACUUACUGUUGCGGUAGCCAAAGGAUGGAUACUUCACCAAAUGGAUGUGAGUAAUGCGUUCCUACAUGGAGAAUUAGAUGAGGAAGUAUAUAUGGAGAUCCCUCCAAGUUACAAAGUUUUCGAUAAAGAGAUGAUGUGUCGCCUAAGAAAGUCACUAUAUGGUCUUAGGCAAGCCUCACGCAAUUGGUACUCAAAAUUAUCCCAAGCAUUAGUGAAGUAUGGUUUCCAGGAAUGUGAAGCUGAUCAUAGUUUGUUUACAUAUUCACAUGGUUCAAUUUUCAUAGAUAUAUUAAUUUAUGUUGAUGACCUGGUUGUGACUGGGAAUGAUGCAAAGUCAUGUGAAAAAUUCAAGCAAUACCUCAGUAAGUGUUUUCACAUGAAGGAUUUGGGAGAGUUGAGAUAUUUUCUUGGACUAGAGUUAGCUCGCGGUUCUUCUGGAUUAUUCAUUUGUCAAAGAAAAUAUGCCUUGGACAUUCUAAAUGAAUAUGGGAUGCUAGCUUGCAAACCUUCUUCUAUCCCACUUGAACCAAACCAUAAAUUAGCAUUGGAUUCAAGUCCUUUAUAUGAGAAUUCUUCACAUUGCCGUAGUUUGCCUAUUGAAAAUGAUAAUCUUGAUAGUGUGCUCAUUGAAAAUGAUAAUCUUAAUAGUGUGCCCAUUGAAAAUGAUAAUCUUGAUAGUGUGUCAAUUGUUGAUGAAGGUCCUAGAAAUAGUUUGAAUAGACGUUUUACGGCUAAUUUGUAUACUAGAGCUUUAACAAAUGGAGAGGUGUGUGAUAGAGAUCGGCUUGUUUAUUCGAAAGAGCUUGAUAGAGUAUUUUGUUUUUGUUGUAAAGUUUUUAAAAAUGGGAUUGCUGGGGGACAAUUAGCAAAUGAGGGUUAUAGUGAUUGGUAUGAGUAUCGCAAAAGGCUGCAAAAAUUUCAAACUAUUGAUAAAACAACUCAAAGAUUAAUUGAGAAAGAAAAGGAUCACUGGAAAAAUGUUUUAAAAAGAGUUAUUUCAAUAGUGAAAUUUCUUGCUAAACAUAAUUUAGCCUUUCGUGGUUCUAAGGAGAAAUUAUACGAAGAUAGCAAUGGAAACUUUUUGGGUUUGAUUGAAAUGUUAACUGAAUUUGACCCAAUCAGCCAAGAACAUGUUAGACGUGUUACAACUCAAAAAGUUCAUAUUCAUUAUCUUGGGCAUAACAUACAAAAUGAGUUGAUUUCAUUGCUUGGUUCUGCGAUUAAAAUUGAAAUCAUUAGAAAAAUCAAACAGGCAAAGUAUUUUUCAGUGAUACUUGAUUGUACUCCUGAUGUUAGUCACCAAGAGCAGAUGUCUCUGAUAAUAAGAUAUGUGGAUAUUUCUUCAGCUUCUGUUAGUAUUGAGGAAUCAUUUUUAGGAUUUUUGAAUGUGAAUGAUACAAGUGGUCAGGGACUUUUUGAUGUUUUACAAAAUGAAUUGAAAGAACUUGGUCUCGACCUAUUUGACGUGAGAGGGCAAGGUUAUGAUAAUGGGUCCAAUAUGAAAGAAAAACACCAAGGUGUGCAAAAGAGAUUUUUAGACAUAAAUCCGAGAGCCUUUUAUACUUCUUGUGGUUGUCAUAGUCUUAAUUUGGCAUUGUGUGAUAUGGCUAACUCUUGUAUUAAAGCUAUGAAUUUUUUUGGAGUUGUUCAACGCAUUUAUACAAUUUUUGCCAAUUCUACUAAGAGAUGGCAAAUUUUGAAAGAUAAUGUAAAAGGGUUGACUCCAAAAUCAUUGUCAUUCGCUCGUUGGGAGAGUCGUGCAGAAAGUGUCAAAGCUAUAAGAACUCAAAUGUUAGAAUUUACAGAAGCUUUGCUUGAAGUGUCAGAAAAUGAUUUUGAUCCUAAAAUACAAAAUGAAGCUAAAUCCUUAGCAACAAAUGAGCUUGGUGAUUUUGAGUUUUUGAUGGCUAUAAUUAUUUGGUUUGAAAUAUUAUCUGCAAUUAAUUCUGUUAGCAAGCUUUUACAGGAAAAUUAUAUGCUUAUUGAUGUUGCUAUGCAAAAAAUUAAGGGGUUGAUUUCGUAUUUUGAGGGAUAUAGAGAAACAGGUUUUUAUAAGACAUUGAAACAUAAUGAGCAAUCUGAUAUGGAUGGGAAUGAAUUUUUUGCAGAGUUGAAGUUACUAAGAAAAAUGUUGUCUGAAGAAACCAUAAGACCUAAUGAUAUAUUAUUAUUUUUAGAAGGUUUGGAUUGUUUUCCUAAUAUAGUUAUUGCAUAUAGAAUCUUAUUGACUAUUUCUGUGACAGUUGCUUCUGCAGAAAGAAGUUUUUCAAAAUUGAAGUUGUUAAAGACUUACUUGCGGUCUACCAUGUCACAAGAAAGGCUUAAUGGAUUGGCAUUAAUAGCUAUUAAAAAUGAUAUUUUGGAGACAAUAAAAUAUGAAGACUUAGUUGACGAUUUUGCUUCAAAAAAUGUUCGUAGGAAGGCUCUUUUUAUGUAG